UCCGCUGUCUUUUGAGCGGCGCACGUGGAGUAAACUCAAAGUGCUCACGUUUUUCAUCCAUUCUGCUCCAAAAAACCUGAUAAAUUAAGUUAAAAAUAUGGGUCGCAAGGCUGAAUAUAGUGAGAAACCGAAGAAGGGUCCUGGCCGCAAGGCGCGCAAACAGGGACCUCCGGUAUUUCGCAAGCAAACGUUUGCUCCUAUGGAGGAGGAGGACAAGAAGCUAUCCCACCGACAGAAGCAGCGUUUCGUGAAGCGGGAGCAGAAGAAAGUAGUCCAAAAGGCCAAACUGCAGGAGAAGCGGGCCAAGGGAAAACAACCGCAACAGGCUAAGCGAAAAACGGCCUACAACAGCGACAGCGAGCCGGAAAAUGAAGAGGAGGUGGAGCAGCAGCAGCAGGAGGCUUCCUCCGAUGAGGAGGUGCCCCAACUGGUGCCUGCUCCCAAAAGCCAGAAAUCCGCGACACCCAAGGGCUUCACAGACGACAACGAUGGCUGGCUGAAGCCCAAGAAGCUGAAAAAGCAAGCCAAACAACCAGAAUCCGAGGAGUCCGAAGGAGAAGAGGAGGAUGAGGAGUUGGAGGAGGACUCUGAGGCUGAGCUAGAAGAAGAUUCCGAUGGCGAGGAUGAUCUAGAAGCCGAGGAAUCCGGCGAAGAAGAAGAGGACGAAGAGGAAUCCGAUGAUGACACCGCACAAGUAGGCAAACUGGCCGAUCUCUCCGAUGACGAAGAAGCCAAUUCUGAUGAUGACUUUGAUUUAUCCGGCGAGGAAGAUGGUGCCGAUGCAGCAAGCGACAGCGAUGAGGAUGAGGACGACGAUGAUAAUGAUGAUGACGACAAGCUGCCCAUCGAGCGUGCAAACAAAAAACUUAAAAAGCGCGAGGCCAAGGAGGCCCAACUAGCUGACGAGGAAAUGCUGGAAACCGUGGACCGCCAGGAUGUUUUCCAAUUGCCCAACGAAGAGGAUGAGGCCGAGAAGGAUCUCACCCUGCAGGAGGUUCAGCAGCGGAUUAAGGACGUCAGCCUGGUCCUCUCCGACUUCAAGAAGUACCGCCAAGCGGAUCGAUCUCGCGGGGAGUACAUUGAUUUGCUGCGCAGGGAUCUGUGCCUGUACUACAGCUACAACGAGUUCUUAAUGGAGAAGCUAAUGGAUAUGUUGCCGCUGACCGAGCUCAUGGAGUAUCUGGAGGCAUCGGAGAUCGCUCGUCCAUUGACCAUUCGCACCAAUACGUUGAAAACACGUCGCCGGGACUUAGCUGGAGCUCUGAUCAAUCGUGGCGUCAACUUGGAUCCGCUGGGCAAGUGGACCAAGGUGGGAUUGGUGGUCUUCAACUCGCAGGUGCCGCUGGGUGCCACUCCAGAGUAUCUGGCCGGUCACUACAUGAUCCAGGGAGCCUCUUCGCUGCUGCCAGUGAUGGCUCUCGCUCCGCAGGAGAACGAACGCAUUCUGGACAUGUGCUCUGCCCCUGGCGGCAAGGGAUCCCACAUUGCGUCCAUCAUGAAGAACACGGGUGUGCUGUUCGCCAACGAUUCCAAUCGCGAUCGCAUUAAGGCUGUUGUGGCCAAUUUCCAUCGACUGGGAAUUGUAAAUGCGGUGGUUAGCUGCGAAGAUGGCACCAAGUUCCGGAACAUUAUGACUGGCUUUGAUCGUGUCCUACUGGAUGCUCCCUGCACAGGCACCGGUGUCGUCUCCAAGGAUCCCAGCGUGAAGACCACCAAGUCGGAUGUGGACGUUCAGCGGUGCUACAAUCUGCAGCGAAAGCUUCUGCUCACGGCCAUCGAUUGUACGGAUGCGAAAUCGUCGACCGGUGGCUAUAUUGUGUACUCCACAUGCUCCGUGCUGCCCGAGGAGAACGAAUGGGUUAUCGACUAUGCGUUGAAGAAGCGCAACGUCAAGUUGGUGCCCACUGGUCUGGACUUUGGCGUCGAGGGAUUCACCAAGUUCCGGCAGCAUAGAUUCCAUCCCAGCUUGAACCUCACCAAGCGCUACUAUCCGCACACACACAACAUGGACGGAUUCUAUGUGGCCAAACUGAAGAAGUUCUCCAACACCAUACCCAUAACCAAGGAGCAGCAGGAGGAGGAUGAGAAGCAGCUGGACGAGGCCAUCGAGACUGAGGCCACCGCCGAGGCGACGGAGGAGCAGGAGGUUGAGGAGGAGGCGUCAAAGGACAAGGGUCCGCGCAAACUGCUGGGCAAGCGAGCCGGCAAGCCCAGUUUCACAGAAAUCGAGCAGGAGCUGAAGAAGAAGAAGCGGGAGGAGAGCAAGACCAAGUAUGUGGCCAAGGUGUUCGAGCAGCCUAUCAAGGCACCCAAAAAGCCAAAGCCCGAACAGCCACUGGAGAAGAAGGAAAAUCCAAUCCAAUCCCAAGCGACGGUAGAAAAAACCAAUGGAACCGAGGCACCAUCCAAACCUGCAGCUAAAAAGACCCAAGCCAAUGGUAAUGUUCCAGCUGCCAAGUCAGAUGCCAAAUCAUUCAAGAAAAAGAACCAAGCAAAGGCCAAUGGUAGCGAUUCUCCUCCAGCCAAACCCGUGGGCAAAAAGUCACCAGUCAAUGGCAGUGAUUCACCUGCCAAGAAAUCAGCAAAGGAACCUAAAGCGAAACCACAGGCAAAGGUUGAGCAGCCAGCGAAACCCAAGGCGUCCAAACUGGCCAAGGCGCCACGCGUAGACGUAGACGAUUUACCAGUUCUGGAGGGCAAGCCCAUCAAGAAGCAGAACAAGCUGAAGCAAAAGUCCAAGCAAAUCGGCAAUCUGAAAAAAUCCAAGACGGGAGCGAAUGCGGCAAAGAAGCAAAAGUUCAAGAAAUGAACACUUUUUAGAUCCAGUUUGUUUAAGUAGACUGUAAGCUAUAGUUGGGGUAGUCCCAAAACGAUUACCUGUUUUAUAUUGCGAACUGCCUUAGCUUAUUAUUGAAGAUUGAACUACAACAGUGCUGUAAUUAACGAUCAGAUUCAAUAAACGCUAAGCUCGGAUUAAUGUA